AGCUACUAACACUUUUUUUUAUUCCUUUUAACAGAGAAAAAAAAAGAAUAUAAUCAAAGUUGAUCAUUUUCAGUAAUGAAAAUAAUAUAAUUUUGGCCCAUGCAGGUCUCGAACCUGCGACCUUCGCGUUAUUAGCACGACGCUCUAACCAACUGAGCUAAUGGGCCAAUUUGUUAGUACAGUAAUGAAUAGUUUAUAUAUUUGGUAUAAGGCAUUGGUGAGGAACCAACCCUAUAAAAGAAGAACCAAAGUUGUGUGGAACUGAAGUUUUUUGAAAAAAAAAAAGGGGGAGGUAGCCAUGAAAAGUAAUGAGCCACGUUCAAGUUCUUCUUGUGCAGCUUGUAAGUUCUUGAAGAGAAGGUGCACUACCACUUGCCAAUUUGCGCCAUAUUUCCGAUCAGACGAGCCGAAGAAGUUUGCUAAUGUACACAAGGUGUUUGGAGCUAGCAACGUGAUCAAGAUCCUGAAUGAAGUGCCACAAGACCAACGAGAGGACACUGUCAACUCGCUGGUCUACGAGGCUGAGGUGAGACUUAGAGACCCGGUUUACGGUUGCAUUGGAGCUAUAGCAUCUUUGCAGAGGAAGAUGGUGGAGCUACAACAUGAUCUGAUGGUUACUAAAGCACAUCUUGCUUACUAUGAAGCCAAGCCCAGUAGCACAACUUCUAAUUGUUCACUCUUGGAUUAUGAUCCUCUUAAUGUUAAUAUCAAUACGCCUUCUUUUUUUGCGGACACUUCUGGUGGAUUCUGGGAUAGCUUCAGCCAGAAUACCUUUGCCAUGGACCAAACUGGAUCCAACAAUGAAUUUGGUCAAUUUCCAUUUCCAUGAUCCUUCUCUAUUUAAUGUACGUUUACGCAUUUCCUUGUAUAUAUAUAUAUAUAUAUAUAUAUAUAUAUAUAAGAGGAAGAGCGGCUCAUUAAAGGUAAAUUUCUUCGAUUUUGUACAUUGUU